CCAAAAAACAGCUAAAUAAAGCAUAUUUAUUUGUGAUAAUCAUUGUAUUAAAAAAUAGUUUUGCAUAAAUAAUCUUGAAGUUAUGAAUUACAUCCUGGAAGUAAUCUGUAAUCAUUGAUUUUUAUAAAAAAAAAAGCUUUUUCCUCUGAAUUAAUCACUGGCCUAGUAUUUCCUUUUCCGGGGCACACUAUAAAAAUGGAAACAUUGAGCAACACUCAGUCAAAUGAAAUAUCUCCAAGAGAGGAUCCAGAGGUUGCAAUGUCUUCUGAAUUGGACCGGGACUCAGUAUGUGCUCCUAUAAGAAGUCUUGAGGAAUUAGCAAACACACUCACAAAUCCACCACAAUGGUUAAAACACUUGAAAGACAGGGUGGUUCGUUCACCAACAAUUGUACAGAACAGUUCAUUGAAUUGCCACAAAACUAAUAGAAAUAUUGGGAAUAUAGUGAAAAGGUUUGAUUCAUACUUGACACCAAAAACUUUGGUUUGUCAUGACAUGAAGAAUGGUUACUUGGAUGAUAGGUAUUUGGCUGGCUACCCAAGAGGAAAUGGGUACACUUUUUUCAGAUGGGCUCAAAUUGAUAUAUUUGUGUAUUUCUCUCAUCAUUUCAUCACUGUUCCACCAUUAGCUUGGAUCAAUAAAGCGCACGCGAAUGGCGUAAAGAUUUUGGGUACAAUAAUCACUGAGAAUGAUGGUGGGAAACUGCUCUGUGAAGGUUUCUUGAAAGACUACAAGAAAUUUGCAGACGAUUUGAUACAAUUGGCUUUGAUCUAUAAAUUGGAUGGAUGGUUGUUGAACAUAGAGAAUGAAUUGGAAACUACAGAUAGCAUGAAGAAAUUCGUGAGUUACAUAACAGAAAACAUUCAUGCGUCUAUACCGGAGUCUAUGAUUAUUUGGUACGACAGCGUGAUCGAAGAUGGGAAACUGAGUUGGCAAAACGAAUUGAACGAGAAGAACAGGUGCUUCUUCGAUGUUUGCGACGGUAUAUUCUUGAACUACACGUACAAAGAGCACAAUUUGUUCAAGAGCUAUCUAAAUGCUCAGCACAGAGUGAUGGAUGUUUACGUUGGGAUCGAUGUGUUCGGCAGGAACACGUACGGAGGUGGAAAAUUUAAUUGCCACAUCGCGGCAGAAAAAAUUCGAAUGUUGAAUAUGUCUAUAGCGAUUUUUGCGCAAGGAUGGGUUCACGAGACGUUACAACCUGAACCGCAAGAUACAUUCCACGAGCGAUUCAUGCACAAAGACAACAGCUUCUGGAGAAGCCUUUGGCCAUUCCUAUACACCCAUCCAAUAAAUACACUGUUCAACACGUCGUUUUACAUAGGAACAGAUAAAAAUCAAUACGCUUUGCACGAACAGGAACUGCAAUUGUCCAGAUAUCUACACAACAAAAACAUCUGCGAUUACGAUUUAUCCGUUAGCAAUUUAACGAACCAAUGCAAUUGCAUGCAGCUGCAUACCGAAAAUGAUAAUGCUACGUGCGUUUUAACGAAGAACAACGAUAGCUUAGCGUAUUUUCAUCAGUUAUUUAUUUGCGAUAUACAACUAAAUGGCAAGUAUAUCCUGUAUACAGCCACUAAAGCGGUGGACGAAAGUACCAACGAUUUGAUCAAUCUGAUCUUGUUGCUCCGGCAAACUGGAACUAUUAGGAAGAUUGUUUGCAACGCGAUCGAAACUGAAGGCCCUGAAGAUAAUAUUUCCUUGCAACAAAUCAAACCAAUAAUAGAUGGGAUUCGCAUAGAUUCGCCAUAUCGUAAUGUGUCUGAUGCUACAUUCAGAUAUUACGAGCUACAUGUUAAGAAUCCUUGCCGUUUGCUGGAGAUAUCUGCCGAAAUCGUGAAAGGAAAUUCGGUCGAGCUGCGAGCAAUUGGUAUAUCGAAACUCAAGGAAAAAUAGACUUUAUAUUAAAUUAAAUAUAAAAUAUACAUUAAUUACAAUUGGGAAGGUUAAUGCAAUUAUUAU